GAGAGAGAGAGAGAGAGAGAGAGAGAGAGAGAUUGGCCGCGUGCAUGAAGGUGACUGGAAAGCAGCUGAAUUGAACAAAUUCAAAGGCAGACCACCGUACAGUGCACCAACGUGGAGUAGGAAACAUUUGGCAGCAAGUCUGGUCUGGUCUGGUCUGGUCUUUAGCUUUGCUCACCUGUCGUAUUUUACCUGGCUGAUAGAGUGAACUGCACAAGGUAAGUUGAGCAUGGACUUGGACGUGGAGGGGAUUAUCCACUGCAUCAAGCAGGGAGAUGAGGACGGUCUUCAGAUACAGCUCCAAGAGUUCAACAAAGAGUACGCCCAGUGCUUCUUCUUUGAUGCAGAUGAGAGGGAGAAAAGGAAACAAAAAAAGCUCGAAGAGUUCAAGAAGAAUAAAGUGAGGGACUACGCGGACUCUGACUCCGACAUCGACGAGUUUGACCAGGAGGACCGAGGCCUCAUCCUCAGACAGAAUCUAGCUGUUGUUCUCGUGAGGUUCAUAAGAACAGAAGUCAAAUGCCGUCUGCUGAAAGUGGCUCUGCGCUCCCUGAGGAUCCUGUCCAGGGACAAGAAGGUCCUGGGCCCCCUGGUGACCGACAGCGCCCUCGUGACUCUGGCCAAACUGGCCGGGUUGACGACGGGCGACGACACCGACGAACCCAACGACCCGGACUCCGAUUUCUACGACAACAUCAUUGUUUCUCUUGCCGAGGUCAAAGCGCGGCAGGGUCGCACUGACGAGGACGAAGAUGACGCUGAUGUCGCUGACCUGAAUAUGGAGUGCCCCAACUUUGACGAGGAUGCCAUCAGCAACACCAACAGCGGAGAUCUGGACAGCAUCAGCUGGGCUGGUAGCCACAGGACCAGCAUCAACGAAAUGCACAGAGGCGGCCUCCAUUACAAGGUGCUGGAGCGAGGGCGGAAGGACCGCAGAGAGAGCAAGAUUGAUGGGGUGGAAGAAGAGGAGGAGGAGGGGGAGUCAGCAGAGGAGGCACAGAGGAAAGAGGCCAUGAAGGUGUUGUGUAACGUCGUCUACAACAGCACCUGGGCACAGGAGAGGUUCAGUGCUCUGAGGCUGAUGUGUGGUCUCACAGAGCGUCUGUCGUCUGGUGUCAGCUGCACGUCUCCCUCCAGUGUUCAUUUCUAUGAACUACGUCUCAUGUUCCUUGUUACUGCACUACGGCCAGAGCUCAGCAAUCAGCUCAGACAGGAGGGAGGAGUGUCGAUCUUCACUGCAGCCUUGGAGAGCUGCCUGGGGGUCCAGUGGAAGGACCAGUAUGAGUGCGUUCUGGACCCAGCCGCAUCCCCCAUCUCUCUGGAAGACUCUCAGCGCAUCAUAGAGAUCCUCAAAAUCCUCUUCACCAUCACCUACAGCACCCACAGGCAGGAGCCAAGUGAGGAGGAUGCGGCUCUGUACCGACACCUGGUGGCGAUAUUGCGUCUCUGCCUGAUGAGGAAGUGUGUGCUGCCGGAGGACACUGAUGUGCUGCAGGGCCACACAGUCAACCUGCUGUCAGCGCUGCCUCUCCAGUGUCUUGACGUGCUGCUCAUGGUGCCUCUGACGCCAGACUGCAAGCAGUGUCAGGGAGUCAACAUGGACUGUGUCCACAUCCUGCUGAUGUUCAUGGAGAGACGCCUGGACUUGGGAGAAAAACUCAAAGAGAAGCUGACGCCAAUCCUCAAUCUGCUGACCGAGAGCUGCAGGGCCAACAGAGAAACACGCAGCUACAUCAGGAAACAUAUCCUCCCCCCCCUGAGAGACGUGUCACACAGGCCGGAGGAAGGCAGCACGGUGAAGAAUCGUCUUGUUCGCCUCAUGACUCACCUGGACACAGAUCUCAAACACUGCGCCGCCGACCUCAUCUUUGUCCUCUGCAAGGAAAACGUGAGACGUUUUGUCAAGUACACAGGUUACGGUAAUGCGGCGGGUCUGCUGGCCACCAGGGGUCUGCUGGGGGGCCAAGGCUCCUACUCUCAAGCCCAGUACUCCAGCGACUCCGAUUCAGACACCGAGGAGUACCGACAGGUCAAAGACCGCAUCAACCCGGUCACGGGGCGGGUGGAGGCCGAGCAGCCGAACCCCAUGGAGGGCAUGACGGAGGAGGAGAAGGAGGAGGAGGCUAAGAGGCUGAUCAUGCUCUUCAGCAAGCUGUCCAGAGAAAACAUCAUCCAGCCGAUGUCAGUGGAUGCAGAGGGGAAGCUCGUUCCAAUGUCCCUCACCCAGGAAACGAAAUCAGAGUCAGAGAACGACGAGGAAGAAGAAGAAGGAGAGAUGAACUGAGACUCUUCACAUCAAUUCACUUUAUUGUUUGUUUGAUUUUUGUAAAUAUCCAGUUUCUAAAGUUGUUCAGUGCAUAAAUAUUGACAUGGAUGACAUGGAAAGUAAAGGAUGACGUUCUCAUUUAGAGGCAGCCAGAGAUCCUGACAGUGAAUAACCCAAGAAACCAUGUAAAAUUUUGUAUUCUUUCAAUUCAGGAUAAUAACGUAGAGCAGCUAUGAGGUCACUCUGGUUUUAAUUCUGUGUGUGCAGUAGAUCUAGUAGAAGGAACUAGAUUAGUGGUGAUGACGUUUAUCGUAAAUGUUUUAAUAAAGUCGUGUUUGUUCCAUG